UCAUGUGCUAGUCUUGGAUAAAGAGGGAGGCACGCGGAUUUCGGAGGAUAACCGGAAACAGCAGGUUGUUGUUGAAACAUCUCUCAUAACAACUAAACAAAACACAAAAUGGCUUUGACUCAAGAAAUGAUCUUAACCUUUUUAUUGGAGCACGGGGGAAAAGUGAAAAACUCGGAGCUUGUGAGCAAGUUCAAAGGACUCAUAAACUCCAGCGACCCCGCGGAAAAGAAACGAAACAGAGACCUUUUCAAACGACUGGUCAACAACGUCGCCGUGGUCAAACAAGUCGAUGACGUAAAGUACGUGGCUGUGAAGAAAAAGUACCAAGGAACCACAGGUGAAAAAAUUACACUGGAUAACAGUUCAUUCGACUUAAAAUCGCCAUGUAGUAGUAGUAAACCCGCGCGUGAUUCCAGCGAAAUAGAGAAUGUGGAUAUUAUUAAUAACAAUUAUUGUCAUUGCUCCACCCAAACUGUGAGUAAUAGCAGUACAAGUGGAAAAGAUGCUGGAAGACCUGACUAUAAUGUAGAGUCUUUGACAGCAAGAGUGCUCAGUGUGACAAGUGAUGCUAGAAGUGGGUCUGUUUUCGCUCUUGUGGCCAUAAAAUCUCCACAAUGUGAGUCGCAAAAUGAUGAAAAUGGGAAAACACGCCUCAAAACACUAACAGCAGAUGCCGAACCGCCGUCUCCAAUGACUAUGAAAGUCAAAACAACUGCAUAUCAGAGCUGUUUUGCUGGAGAAGGUUUUCCAUACAGGUCUCUGAGGGCCAAACGAAAGGAGCUAGAGGCACAGGGUUCACCGCAACUGCGAAGGUGUAGCAAAAUCACCAAACCUGGUGGUAAUGACUCAGAUGUAAUUCCGUUGGGAUCAAUGGAGCAUGAGUGGCUUGUGAAAUCCGCAACAGGAAGCUGGCGUCAGAUCUACAGCCUCCUGCUGCAAGACCCUCAUCUGGUAGAGAAGAGGAAUUUCAUGUCUGGAUUCACAAUCCUGCACUGGGCCGCUAAAAGCGGAAACGGUGAAAUGGUGUGUAAAGUCAUUGAUGUUUCAAGACAGAGCGGUGCAGGGAUCGAUGUUAAUGCCAAGUCUUACGACGGGUACACACCUCUCCACAUCGCCGCCAUUCACAGCCGUGAACGUGUGUGUUCACUGCUGGUGUGUGAAUAUGGUGCCAGCACUAACAUACGGGAUAACAGCGGUAAAAAACCCUACCGUUAUCUAAGUCAAGAUGUGUCGACUGAAAUCAGAAAGAUGCUCGGAGACCCUCGCUGUCUGCAGCAGGAUGCUGGGAAUUAUUUGAAGGAUGACCAGAACCUCCAUAGAAGAUUCAACACUCUGAGUAAACUAUUUCAACCCCACGUCGCUGGACAUAAAAAGAAAUACAGACGUCGACCAAGCUUCCAUUUCAUUAGAGAGAAAGAGCAUUGCACUUAA